GUUUUUACUUCCGGUGUCAGAGGUCGUUCCGUGCGAGGCGAUAAGCAAGUGGUCGAGCGAAAGCUACUGAUAUCUGUCUAACUCGUCGGAAAUAUGGCUCACACCAUCCUCCUGGUGCAGCCCACUAAGAGGCCAGAAGGAAGAACAUACGCAGAUUAUGAGUCUGUCAACGACUGCAUGGAAGGUGUGUGCAAGAUGUAUGAGGAGCAUUUGAAGAGAAUGAACCCCAACAGUCCGUCCAUAACGUACGACAUCAGUCAGCUGUUCGACUUCAUUGAUGACCUGGCAGAUCUCAGCUGUUUAGUGUACAGAGCUGACGCCCAGAUGUACCAGCCGUACAACAAGGACUGGAUUAAGGAGAGAAUCUACAUGCUGCUCCGGCGUCAGGCCCAGCAGGCUUCAAAGUGACACCAGUGAAUUUGUUUAUUUUUAAAAUUGUUUUUGACUUUUUUAAAAUCGGAGUAUUUUGUAUUCUUUUUGGUUAAUCUUAAUAAAACGCUUCCUCUGGGUUUACUCUGCA